AUGGCACAGCAACCUGCAUCUACAGAUGCACCUCAUACGAAUAGCAGCUCUCUCCAACCUACUGCCCCCGCCUUCCAACCUGCCACCUUCGCCAUCCACGCAAGUUCUUCUGCCGAAGCCAUCUACAUUGAAAAAGAAUACACUGCACAUAAUUAUCACUCUCUUCCCAUAGUCUUUGCCCGCGCCAGUGGCUGCGAUGUCUGGGAUCCCGAGGGGAAUCACUAUCUCGAUUUCCUCUCAGCUUACAGUGCCGUGAACCAAGGCCACUGUCACCCUCGUCUGGUGAAGGCUCUUUGCCAACAGGCUGAGCGACUGACUCUAUCCUCGCGUGCCUUUCACAACGACGUCUUCCCGAAAUGGGCCCAAAAGAUCAAAUCUAUCUUUCAUUAUGAUAUGGUCUUACCAAUGAACACAGGCGCCGAGGCGGUAGAAACUGCAAUAAAGAUUGCACGAAAAUGGGCGUAUAAAGUCAAGGGAAUCCCAGCGCACAAGGCAUUGGUCUUUUCCGCUGCCGGAAACUUUCAUGGGCGAACGAUAACUGCGGUCUCUUUAUCAGUGGACUCUGAAUCGCGAGAAAACUACGGUCCUUACCUCCCCGGUGUAGGUGCUAGCUGCCCAGUGACUCACAACACUAUUCAUUUUGAUAGUGUUUCAGAUCUUGAGGCUGCCCUAGCAGCUCACGGCCACGAGACGGCUGCAUUCAUAGUAGAGCCUAUCCAAGGUGAAGCAGGCGUUGUGAUUCCUGCCGACGACUAUCUAGCUCGAGUCUAUCAGGUAUGCAAGGAACAUAACGUCUUAUUAAUUUGUGACGAAAUUCAGACCGGUAUGGGUCGAACUGGUCGAGUCUUAUGCUCGGAAUGGGCGGGCAUCAAAGCGGACAUGAUCGUGCUCGGCAAGGCCAUUUCGGGUGGCAUGUACCCUGUAUCCUGUGUCCUGGGAUCGAAGGAGGUUAUGCUUACUGUCGAGCCCGGCACGCACGGCUCAACCUACGGAGGCAAUCCACUAGGCUGUGCCGUGUCCAUAUGUGCCCUUGAAGUAAUGGAAACGGAAGAUUUAGCAGGUAGAGCUGAGGCCAUGGGAAUAAUUUUGCGCGAUGGCAUUAAAAAGUUGAAUUCUCCUCUAAUAAAGGAAGUACGUGGUAAAGGAUUAUUGAAUGCAAUCGUCAUCGACGAGAGCAGGAAGAAUCAGCAUACGGCUUGGGACAUAUGCAUAAUGUUAAAACAAAAGGGGUUACUCGCCAAGCCAACCCACGAAAACAUCAUUCGUCUUGCGCCGCCCCUCAUAAUUAGUGAGGUAAUGAUCCAGGAGGCCGUUACUAUCAUCCGGGAGACCUUCAACGAACUCAUAAACGAUUCGGGUGAGGUGAAAGACAAGUCUGGACAGAAAAAUUUUAUCUCCUGA